UGGCGGCCAUCACAGGAGACCAACACCAGCUUCCCUGCCCUGGAGAAGCCCUAGAUGAGGAAACGGAGACCCCAAAAGAGACAGCAACUUACCCAAGGUCACGUCCAACAUGCAGACUCCUGCUAUGAUGUCUCUGCUGCUUGUGUCCAUGGGCCUCAUGGAAGCACUUCAGGCCCAGAGCCACCCCAUCACACGACGAGGACUCUUCUCUCAAGAAAGGCCCCUGGACAUGGCCCCAACCUCCUUUGAUGACCAGUAUGCUGGCUGUGCAGCAGCCAUGACAGCUGCUCUCCCAGAUCUCAACCGCACCGAGUUCCAGGCCAACAAAGUGUAUGCUGACAGCUGGGUGCUGGCCAGCAGCCAAUGGCAGGAGCGCAAAGCCUGGGGGCCAGAGUGGGGCCUCAGCCACACCCUGAUGUCCCCACCACCCCCCGGCUUCCGUGAUGAGCAUGGGGUGGCCCUCCUGGCCUACACAGCCAACACCCCCCUGCACAAGGAGUUCAAUGCGGCCCUGCGCGAGGCGGGCCGCACCCGUGUCCACUACCUCCAACACUUCUCCUUCAAGACCUUCCAUUUCCUGCUGACCGAGGCCCUGCAGCUGCUAAGCAAGGCCCAGCGUUCUCCCCAGUGCCGCCAGGUGUUCCGAGGGGUACAAGGCCUGCGCUUCCAGCCAGCAGGGCCCGGGGCCACCAUCCGGCUGGGGGGCUUUGCCUCGGCGUCCCUGAAGAAUGCCACAGCCCAGCAUUUUGGUGAGGAAACCUUCUUUGGCAUCUGGACCUGCCUUGGUGUCCCUAUCAGGGGCUACUCCUUCUUCCCCGAGGAGGAGGAGGUGCUGAUCCCCCCCUUUGAGACCUUUCAGGUGAUCAACAGCAGCAGACCUGUCCAGGGUCCCACCCGCAUCUACCUCCGGGCCCUGGGCAAGCACAGCAUGUACAACUGCGAGUACAUCAAAGACAAGCAGUGCAAGUCUAGGUCCUGCCGCCUAGGAAACUCAGCCGUGGGUCAGGGCCCUCUGUCUACAGUCUGGUCCCUUCCACUGCUACUCUGGUUCCUUGUCGGGGGAGUCUUUCCAGAGAGUCCAGGCCUCCUCUGA